CACGUGUGGUAGUCCACAUUUGAAUCGAUUGUCAAUUUUACAAAUUAAAUUCUUAUAUAUCCCUCGUCUUACUCAUAGCCCUUAGAGAAUUGAAUUAACCAAACCAGAAGUUAAUAAUUCUCAGUAACUUGAGAUUCAACAAAAAAUAAAACUGGAAUGUUGUUAGAGGUUCGCACUAAUUUAUUCAAUUACAGAAGUUCAUCAAUGUCUAUAAAGUCAGAGAAUUAAUAAUAUACUCGAGAUCUAUCAAGAAAUUCUAGAUUAUCGUGGACACACUGCUUUAAAAAAGUUGUGAAUAAAUAAUUAACGUAAAGCAAUGGAAACCUAUAGAAAUAUGGGAAAAUAAUGGAAGAAAUUCGUCAAAUGAUGCACGGUUUCGGAGACAGCAGCGAGCCUUUAAUAGAAUCCGCAAGAAUCGUGGAAGAAAUAGUUCUACAGCAGAUGAGAACAAUAGUAAGAAAAGCCUGCGAAGUUUCGGAAAGACGAGGAAAUACGAAAAAGGGCGCCAGUAUUAGUGCAGAAGAUUUGAUCUUCUUGUUACGUAAAGAUAAAGUUAAGUUACAGCGACUUAUGAAAUAUUUAGAUUUAAAAGAAUACAAGUCUUCCUUGCACAAAACGAUAGACAGUGAUAUGCCCGAGGAUAUUUUAAAUAAUGAAAAUGUAGAAAAUUCCAAGAACAGAGGACCUUACCAUAAUUUUCUUAGUUUAAUCGAUAAUACCGGUGAACUUCUGGAGGAUUCGUCUACUGUAGAUGAGAUCAAGCAACAGAGAUGCGUUCGAGCUGAAAUCAUGACAAGAUCUAUGGACGAAGCUAGAUAUUUAAAAUUCAGUAAAGCAAGAAAUGCAUCUUUUGCUAAUAAAAAUAGACACAAAUUCAGUGACUGGCUCUCACCCGAGGGUGACAUAACAAUAACAAAACAGGGGUACACAAUUUUAGGGUAUUUAGCAUAUGAAACAGUAGCGCAAAUUGUAGACUUAGCAUUAUUAGUGAGACAGGACCAAAAUAAAAUCUAUGGAGAUGCUAUUGAUCGGCUCAGACUCAGCUAUGUUAAUCCGUAUACUUAUAAACCAUAUUACCAUGGCAAGGUUGCUGUGACAAAGCCAAUAUCACCCGCAGAAAUUAUUGAAGCCCUCAGGAGGUUCUGGUCUCCACAAUUAGACAUGACAGGUCCAUUCAAUUGUUGGUCAAUGAAAAAACCACACUUGAAGCUUCUUGCCUGUUAAUAUAGGUUCCAGAAGGCUGGUGUAAAGUGACUCUCUAACCGGGAAAACAUUCUUGUGUCCAAAUGUCCCCAUAAUUCUCUUAGUGAUGCCAAGUCAUAAUUAUACACAUAUUGCAUUAGUUGAUCAACAAUCUUGUCUACCUAAUAACAGAUAAUAAAAUACGAAAUGCACUUUGUAUGAUACACGAUCAAAGACGAUGCAAAUAAGUAAUAUAAACGGUGUGAAAUAAAAAAUCUGUGACGGUGUGAUAGACGGAAAAUUGUAAUGUGUAUGGAUUUAAA